GGUGAAGGAGAAGGGGACUGAGAUAGGAGAAGGGUAGGUUCAGGAUUCCAACAGAGGAAGGUGAAAAGGAGGAGAGGGAUGGUGCUACGCUGAAGACAGCCCACACAAGUGUGAGAGAAAAGACCCGGUCUGCUGCCUCAUUAGAAAGUUUGCUCUUGCAACAAGGAAGGAGAAGCAGGAGAAGGCCACUGACAAUCACUGAUCUGGGAUAAGCAAGUUUUUAGUGGAUUCCUCUAUGUCCUCUGUGCUCAUCCACAUUCCUGUACCUGUGCCUGCUGGAGCAGUGCAGCGCCUCAGCUGAAGCCAUGAUGUCUCAGUGGAUCCUGGACUGACGCACUGUGUGGAGAGACCGGCACACAGGACAGACUGACUGACCUGGAUAGGAGCUAAACGGAUCCGAAGCAGCCAAUAUAGUGCUCAUUUUUGGAAUCCCAAGCUGUAAUGAACGGUCCAGAUCAGUCCUAGCAGGGUUACACACUGUUGCCGCCUUCAGUUCCUGAUAGGCCUGAUUUCUAGGAUUGCUGAUGACUGAGACAGGUCCAACAGUGAUGAGGUUGUUCUGGGCGGGUUAAAACCACUCAGGCAGGCUGUCAUUCAGUGGCAGUGGUUAGGCUGCUGCUCCACAGGAGGACAGAUCCCACGUCAAUGCCAUUGAUUCACUGGCUGGAGAAACAAGCAGGGUCCUGUGCGUCCGGUGCCAUGAUGCCUUUAAUGUUGUUGGAUUUCACUGCUACUCUGCCCUGUUGACUGUCUGAGGAUGUGGAAAUUCAAAGCCUUUUGCUUGGAUUACUGGCAUGUGCUGUGUUUGCACCCGCACAACAACUUUUAUAAGAGUGUGGAAGGGGAUGGACGGCCUAACGAGAGCGGCCCUUCCCUGGAUGGUGGAGCCAGUUAUGGCCAGGGCCCGGUGACUCACGGCUCCGCCAUCAGCCCCGACCGAUUUGACAGCCCUCUUUACAGCCACGGGGUCCAGCCUGGACCACAGAGACCCCGUCGGCCCAAACUCCAGCACUCACAGUCCAUCCUCCGUAAGCAGGCUGAAGAGGAGGCCAUCAAACGAUCCCGCUCACUCUCCGAAAGCUAUGAGCUCUCUGCUGACCUCCAGGACAAACAGGUGGAAAUGCUGGAGCGUAAAUAUGGUGGACGAUUUAUAACUCGCCAUGCAGCCCGCACCAUCCAGACAGCUUUCCGUCAAUACCAGAUGAACAAGAACUUUGAACGACUCAGGAGCUCUAUGUCAGAGAACCGUAUGUCCAGACGUAUUGUUCUAUCCAACAUGAGGAUGCAGCUCUCUUUCGAGGGCCCUGAGAAAGUGCACAGCUCCUAUUUCGAGGGGAGGCAGGUGUCCAUGACGGAGGACGGAACCCCGCUUUCAAUGGUGCAGUCUGAAUGUGGAGAUAUAGAGGUCCACCAACAGGCCAACAUGGCAGCUCAUCCACCUCCGCAGGGCGACCUGACAGACGCCAUCACAGAGCUGGAGGACGCCUUUUCCAGGCAGGUGAAAUCUCUGGCAGAGUCCAUAGAUGAUGCACUGAACUGUCGCAGCCUCCAAGGGGAUGAGGGUCCCGACCCGGAGGCCAUGGGCUGCCCUGAGGUGGAGCGGGAAGUGCCCUAUCAGGUCAAGUCCCACCGCAGGGCACCUGGACGCAUGCACGAUGAAACUAUGGCGUCAUACAGCGAUGUUACUUUGUUCAUCGAUGAGGAGGACAUGUCACCCUCUAUUGCACUGUCGAGGUCAGGGGACCAGCAAUCUAGCACAGAAUCGGACUUACGGCUGCGUUCGGUCAACUCCUCUCAGGAGUACUGGCCUAUUGACCCCAAAGAUGAGGGUCGUGACACAGACACAAGCUGUCGCAGCACUCCGUCUCUGGAGUGUCAAGAGCAGCGUCUUCGCAUGGACCAUCUCCCUCUGUUGACCAUCGAACCUCCUAGCGACAGCUCCGCGGAGCUCAGCGACCGCUCUGAACGGUCUAUCAAACGGCCGCCCGUGUAUGAGCCACACGGACACAUUGUAACAUCAUCCCAGGCGAGCCCUAAACACAUUUCACACGGACCCCCGCCAAGAGCUCCGUCCCGGGACGAUGACGCACCUCUACGCCAUCGCCACCGUCAACUGGAAAGCCAUUUAGCCAUCAACGGCUCAGCCAACCGGCAGAGUAAGUCAGAGUCUGACUUCUCUGAUGGUGAUAACGACAGCAUCAACAGCACAUCCAACUCCAACGACACCAUCAACUGCAGCUCCGAGUCCUCGUCCAGAGACAGCCUACGAGAGCAGACGCUGAGCAAACAGACUUACCACAAGGAGACGCGCAACAGCUGGGACUCGCCCAUCUUCAGCAACGAUGUGAUCCGCAAGAGACACUACCGCAUCGGCCUGAAUCUCUUUAACAAGAAGCCAGAGAAGGGCAUCCAGUAUCUGACUGAGAGGGGCUUUAUUCCCGACACACCGGUCGGCGUGGCCCACUUUCUGCUGCAAAGGAAGGGACUGAGCCGGCAGAUGAUAGGAGAAUUCCUCGGCAAUAGACAAAAACAGUUCAACAGAGAUGUCUUGGACUGUGUGGUAGAUGAAAUGGACUUCCAGGGCAUGGAGCUGGAUGAGGCCCUCAGGAAAUUUCAGAACCACAUCCGUGUCCAGGGUGAGGCCCAGAAGGUUGAGCGUCUCAUCGAAGCCUUCAGCCAGCGCUACUGCAUCUGCAACCCCACAGUGGUGAGGCAGUUUAGGAACCCCGACACUAUCUUCAUCCUAGCCUUCGCUAUCAUCCUCCUCAAUACUGACAUGUACAGCCCCAAUGUUAAACCUGAGAGGAAGAUGAAGCUGGAAGACUUUAUCAAGAAUCUGCGAGGAGUGGACGAUGGCGAGGACAUACCCAGGGAGACUCUGGUCGGCAUUUAUGAGAGAAUCCGAAAGAGGGAACUCAAGACCAAUGAAGAUCACGUCUCCCAGGUGCAGAAGGUCGAGAAGCUCAUUGUAGGAAAGAAACCGAUUGGAUCCCUCCAUCAUGGACUGGGUUGUGUACUAUCACUUCCCCAUCGCCGGCUGGUGUGUUACUGCCGUCUGUUUGAAGUGCCAGAUCCAAACAAGCUCCAGAAACUUGGUCUGCAUCAGCGGGAGAUCUUCCUGUUCAAUGACCUAUUAGUGGUCACAAAGAUUUUCCAGAAAAAGAAGAAUUCAGUGACAUAUAGCUUCAGACAGUCCUUCUCUCUCUAUGGGAUGCAAGUCAUGCUGUUUGAAAACCAGUAUUACCCAAAUGGAAUCAGACUUACAUCAGCGAUACCAGGUGCAGACAUCAAAGUCCUCAUCAACUUUAAUGCACCCAACCCCCAAGACCGCAAGAAGUUCACAGAUGACCUACGAGAGUCCAUUGCUGAGGUCCAGGAAAUGGAGAAAUACAGAAUCGAGUCUGAGCUGGAGAAGCAGAAGGGCGUUGUACGGCCCAGUAUGUCCCAGAGCUCUGGUCUGAAGAAGGAAGCCGGCAACGGGAACAUGAACCGUGCCAGUCUGGACGACACCUACGCCAUGGGGGAGGGGCUGAAGAGGAGCGCCCUCAGCAGCUCCCUGCGAGACCUCUCCGAAGCAGGCAAGCGGGGGCGUCGCAGCAGUGCAGGAUCACUAGACAGCAAUAUGGAAGGGUCCAUCAUUAGCAGCCCUCACACACGCCGGAGAGCCACCACGCCACGUGAGGGUGCACCCCGCGGCCAUCCCUCCAUCCCUAACUCAGCGUCAACUUCCAUCCUCGGGUCACUCUUUGGCAGCAAGCGAGGCAAACCGUCAUCCCAGAGCCACCCCCCUUUUCCUGCGCCCGGCCACCCCACACUUAUAUCCCACAAGCCCCACCCGACCAACCUGCACCACACAGCACAGGUAGCGCACCCAGUGCCGGCACAACUACACAGUCACCACUCACAGUACUGCCAAGUCCCCCAGAACCCACCGCCUUAUCACCACCACCACCACUACCACCCCCCUCCCCAUACACAGUACCACCAGCACCCAGCCUACAGCUCCCACACGCACCAACACGCCCAUUCGCAGCACAGCCAUUACAGCCAGCAUUCCCAUCACAGCUCACACUCCCAGCAUGCUCCUCACCACCACAGUCAGCAAACGGGUCCGGCACCUGGCGGACCCAAACCCAAACACAGUGGCAUCAGCACCGUAGUGUGAUGUUCCUAAGGGAGAGAUGAAGAUCGAGGAGAGGACUUACUGAAGGAGUAACAAUUGCUUACACCAAAGGGACUGACAGCAUAACUCUAUGGCCUGUCCACUGUGUUUUACUGCUGCUGUGAUGGGAACCAGUCACAUGCAGUCAGCUUUUUCACCUCCAGGUCCAACUAAUAUGCAGGAUGGAAAUCGGACUCAAAUCUUCCACUAGGGGCCUUUACUAGUUUGCCUGAUAACGGGCCUGGCCCCUUCAGGGUUUCGUGUGGGGGGGUAGGGGUUCUGUACAGGAAGAUGCUCUUGUUUGGACAAACUCGCACACACACCCGGGCCAUGGUGGCUGAAGAGAAUGUGUUUUUUUCUCACCAAGCCGCUCCACACUGCUUAUUUCCCUCAAUAGCCUGUUUUACCUUCAUAUAAUCAGGAGGAAAGACAAGCGGAGACGAGAACAAGUCUGACGGUUUUCUCUGUCACGAUGACGGCAUAAUUUCUUGUGCACAGCCUUUCAGAAGUCAACUUUCAGCACUUCUUUCUUUGGUUUGCAGACCCUACCAUCAUUGAAUGCUAUUUGUAGUUGCCUCCCCGUAGAACUCAUAUGUAGUGAAAAACCUAGAUAUAAUCAUUUCACACUAACUUAAAUCAAAGGACAGGUAAACAACUGAGUCGACCGUCUCAGUCAUAGUAGUUCUAGUGCUGUAUUUACUGUAGAUGACAGCUAUAUGUGUUGUCUCCUAGCUCUCAUAAAUAAAUGUGCCAAUUAUUAAUGCAUAAUCUAUUUAGUCAAGACUUCAUGUACAGUAUAUUGUGCGUAAAGUAAUUUGUAAGAUUAUACUUACAAUUAUUAUCAGCAAAAAUGGAUUUUAUCAGUAUUAUACUGACUCUGUGGUAACAGGAUGUAGUUCUGAAAGGAAUGAACUCAUGCUCAGUCCGGCCGAUAAUCUAUUCUGAAAUUUUUGCCUUUCAAAUGGAUCAGAGGGAGCCUCUGGAUGGCAGCUGUUGCAUAUGGGCCUCACAGUGCUGUGGCAUCACAGCUGAAGCUCCAGAGUCAAACCUCAAAGUGGAUAAACUGAUCGGGUGGAUUGUUUCAGUUUACUACUCACACAAUGGCUGCUUUAACUGUAAAAAGUAAUGAAAAUUAGCAGUGAAAAGACUAUGUGAUUACACUUGGAGGCUCUGUUAACAUUACAACUGAACCCGCAGAAGGGUGUUCAACAUUUAAAGUCUGUUGCCUUUGUCAUAUGCAACAGCUGCUUUCUUGACUCGUCAAAUCAAAACAAGAAACACUUCUGAAAUAUUUUUUUGCCUUGUUUAGUAUAUUUUUUUUAUUCACCAACAUGGUUUGGUGAGUGAAUAAAAAUCAGUUCUUACAUAGUGAAGUAUUUUUUUCAUCUUUUUUCUAUCAUAUGUGCAAUAUCUUUGUACUGAUUUUGUACAUUAAGAACAAACAAGGUGUCCCUUAGAUUUGUGCGUUUUCAUGUUGCGUCAUUAUUUAUUUAUUUUUGUUUUGACCCCUGUCAGUCUUUCUCAGUAAAUUAAUGUGUGGCUGUCCUCAUGGUCUUAUAAGAGGUACAGGCUUGGAGUUCAGUGGAAUGUCUAGUAAGUGAUUUUUGCAUGUAAUGUUAUUGAUGUGAGGCUAUCCUCUGCACAUUGUAUAACAAAAUCAGUGUUACCAUAGCAAGUUUAAGUGCAAUCAUGUUAAAAAAGGCAGACUUGUGCUAAGAGUGGAAGUCUGUUAUCAUGUUGUCCAGGAAGAGAUUCAGGUGAAAAAAAAAAAAAAAACUUUUGUCAUUUAAAAAUAUAUAAAUGCUUACUUACACAGUUGACAGUGGAAAGAGGAAUGUGUGUAUAUAUUUUAAUAUAGGAAUAUGCUUCUCUUUGGGCUGAACAGAAAUAUUUUGCUGGAUAAGCACAUAUGAAAGAACACUUUCAUUUUUUUUCAGGAAAUGUAGUUGUAAUAUACAGCAGAAAUGCAAACUGAACAAAGGAACUGGGAAUAUGUAAAGAAUAACUUUCUACAUUCUACAAAUAAGAGUCUAUUAUAGUGUGUAAAUUAGUGACAGUAAACUGUUUGUCCCAAUAUUCAGGUUGUAAAUGUAUUUUAACAUUCACAAACAAAACCAUUGCCAUAAGUCAGGCUUUUUCUCACACAUUACUCCUCAUGUGAAUUAACAAAGGUGAGCUCAGAUGACAGACAUAUCAUAUAUGGGACAGUAAUGAUCAGUUGAAUGUGUCUUUCCAUUGAUUUCAUAUUUUUGCUAUAACUCUGAAACCCUGAGAUGAUGUAAAACAAAGGAAUCUGUUUAUUUUGGUGCGUGUUGUAGUGCGUAAAAUGUCUACAGUCAUAAAUGUGAGAAAGUACCCCAACAAUGCACUGCAUGGAUCUGAUGCAUCAUGUGUCCUUUUCACUGUGAGCUGAUGGAAAAAAGAAAAUCAGCCUAUAAAUUUUUCUCCUUUGGUUUUGAUUCAUUUGGAGUUUCCUAAUGUUUGACGUGUUCUUGCUGUUCCAUGUUAGACUGAUAUUUAUUGAAGCUCAGCAUGCAUUUCAUCAACAAAGCCAUUGUGUAAAUUCUGAACAUAACGAGUGUUGCACUUCUGUUUCUGAGGGCUUUCAUUGUGUAAAUACGGGGUCUGAUUUUCAAUCUGAAGAACUGCUUGGAAGGAGGGUUUAUCUUUAUGAAACUGUAAAGGGACCAAGACAAGGGUUAAAGGAGCUGUACAUACUGUGUAUAUGAUCAGUCUUCUAUUCUGAUAUGUGCAGACAAGAUCAGGAUGAAUAUACAUCACCUCAUGGAAGGAUACAAGAGGUGAUAUAUGAACAUAUCGAUUGUCUCUGCCUCCAACUGUCGUGGACUGACAUUUUGCUGUAGAAAACAAAAAAACCCCAGACUGUUAGAAGAAAGUUCGCUGCCAUGUUACAUUCAGCUCUCUUUUCACACAUGCAGUUCCCACCCAGCACACACACAUAUUGUACACACAAAGAAACAUACACACAUUCUGCUGCAAGCUGUUCAGUCUGGCGUGAGACACAUUAAAAAAAAAAAUAAAGGGAAAAGACAAGAAUGGCCUCAUUUAUAUGUGCAUUCUGUUUGUACAGUGAGUAGUGAGUCAGUAAGACCCCAGUUAUUGUAAAACUUCAACUGUGACAAUGUUGAGAACGCAAAAUAAACAAAUAUAUGACUUAUGGUA